AUGAGCCAAAGACCAAAGGACUGUCAAGGCAUUCAGCCAGCAAACCUCCAGAGAAACCUACCCUCCUCAGUCAGCAAACCCCCAGAGAAACCUACCCUCCUCAGCCAGCAAACCUCCAGAGAAACCUACCCUCCUCAGCCAGCAAACCUCCAGAGAAACCUACCCUCCUCAGCCAGCAAACCUCCAGAGAAACCUACCGUCCUCAGUCAGCAAACCUCCAGAGAAACCUACCCUCCUCAGCCAGCAAACCCCCAGAGAAACCUACCCUCCUCAGCCAGCAAACCCCCAGAGAAACCUACCCUCCUCAGCCAGCAAACCUCCAGAGAAACCUACCCUCCUCAGCCAGCAAACCCCCAGAGAAACCUACCCUCCUCAGUCAGCAAACCUCCAGAGAAACCUACCCUCCUCAGCCAGCAAAUCUCCAGAGAAACCUACCCUCCUCAGCCAGCAAACCUCCAGAGAAACCUACCCUCCUCAGUCAGCAAACCUCCAGAGAAACCUACCGUCCUCAGUCAGCAAACCUCCAGAGAAACCUACCGUCCUCAGUCAGCAAACCUCCAGAGAAACCUACCCUCCUCAGCCAGCAAACCUCCAGAGAAACCUACCCUCCUCAGUCAGCAAACCUCCAGAGAAACCUACCCUCCUCAGCCAGCAAACCCCCAGAGAAACCUACCCUCCUCAGUCAGCAAACCUCCAGAGAAACCUACCCUCCUCAGUCAGCAAACCUCCAGAGAAACCUACCGUCCUCAGUCAGCAAACCUCCAGAGAAACCUACCCUCCUCAGCCAGCAAACCUCCAGAGAAACCUACCCUCCUCAGCCAGCAAACCCCCAGAGAAACCUACCCUCCUCAGCCAGCAAACCCCAGAGAAACCUACCCUCCUCAGCCAGCAAACCUCCAGAGAAACCUACCCUCCUCAGCCAGCAAACCCCCAGAGAAACCUACCCUCCUCAGUCAGCAAACCUCCAGAGAAACCUACCCUCCUCAGCCAGCAAAUCUCCAGAGAAACCUACCCUCCUCAGCCAGCAAACCUCCAGAGAAACCUACCCUCCUCAGUCAGCAAACCUCCAGAGAAACCUACCGUCCUCAGUCAGCAAACCUCCAGAGAAACCUACCGUCCUCAGUCAGCAAACCUCCAGAGAAACCUACCCUCCUCAGCCAGCAAACCUCCAGAGAAACCUACCCUCCCUCAGUCAGCAAACCUCCAGAGAAACCUACCCUCCUCAGCCAGCAAACCACCAGAGAAACCUACCCUCCUCAGUCAGCAAACCUCCAGAGAAACCUACCCUCCUCAGUCAGCAAACCUCCAGAGAAACCUACCGUCCUCAGUCAGCAAACCUCCAGAGAAACCUACCCUCCUCAGCCAGCAAACCUCCAGAGAAACCUACCCUCCUCAGCCAGCAAACCUCCAGAGAAACCUACCGUCCUCAGUCAGCAAACCUCCAGAGAAACCUACCGUCCUCAGUCAGCAAACCUCCAGACCAACCGAGCCACAGCCAGCAAGCCUCCACAACCAGCAAGUUCCCACACCCCUUAA